CUCAUCCCUAAUAUGAGCAAAAAUCUCAUAAGAAUGGACGCGGAAUUAGAAUUAAUCAAUUGCAAUUUAAACAAGGCCCUGGUCAAGUUGAAAAGCAGCAAAAGCGAUGAUCUGCAAUGUCGCAAGGAGAAGAUGGCCCGGCUGAUUCGCUUGCAUUUACAGCAUGUCCAAACCACGGUGGUUACCCACAGACGGAGGUCACAGCAGAGGGCCAGGCGGCGCUUUAAGAUGCUGCGCUCCUUUUUCAUGCGACAGAUGAUGGAGAUGCAUUCGAACUAUCUGCAGAUGUACGCUAUGCUGCGCCUGAAGCAUUCCAACAACGAACAAAUGGACUCCGAGGCUAGCGAUGAAGAGGUAGAACACAAAGAGGAAUCUGACAAGCAGGCAGACAUUCCCAGUUUCGAUUCCCAUUUCUUUGAGCAUGUGAUACCAGAGUUAAGCGAGGAGGAGUUCCUUAACACACUUCACGUGACCCGGGAAACCUUCGAGACCCUGUGCAAGCAGUUGGCUCCCACUCUCCGGACUGCGGAUGAACUGGCUAGACGAUUGCCUGCCAUUUCGCCCGAAAAGUGCGUGGCUUUGGCCUUGUUCUUCCUGGCCAGCGGUGAGCGGCUAUCCUUGAUUGCCGAGCGGUUUUCGCUACCCCGUCCAAGGACCAUUAAGUGCCUCAAGGUCUUCUGCAACUCCGUAAUGUCUACAUUGGGCCGAGCGCUUCGCCAGUUGCCGCAGCACCCAGUGGACUGCAACAAUGUGGCAGAAGGCUUUCAUCGCGACAGCAACAUGCCCGCCGCCCUUGUCGGCGUUCUGGGCGUUUGCUCCAUUCCCAUCAGGGCCAAUGGCGAUGCCAAGCACUCGGUGUUGCGCAUGGAGUAUCUGCUAGACGAUCGGAUGCUCUUCCGGGAACUGCAAUUGGGAUGUGGCUUGCGGUCUGCACUGGUUCCCAUGUUUUCAAACACACCCAAUACUCUCUCCUCCCUGCCGAAGUUCCGCAUAAAUACCCGCCAGAUUCCGGCUUUUGUUUUGGCUCCGCUAUACCAAAAUUAUCCUCUACGUCCUUGGCUACUGCAGCGCUAUGCCGAUCCGAUUGCCCCGCAUGAACACGACUUCAACGAGGUAGCCGAGCAUCUACAGGAGUCGAGUGACUGCGCCCUACAUCGACUCAUGUCGCGUUGGAGUUUUCUUAGCCAGCCGUUAGACAUUAGCUUUCACACUGCUUCCUGUAUCAUCACGGCAGCCGCCGUGCUGCAUAAUUUACUAGAGGAACUUAGCGAACCUCACAUGCUGGAGUGGGGAAAUUCAGUGGAUGUGUCCAAGUUCCGGGCAGAGCCGCUAACAGAUACAAAUAACAAGGACGCAGAUUCACGUGCUGCACUAGAAGUGCGAGAUUUUCUAGCCAGAACUAUAAGCUCAACUGAAAUCUAAAUAAUUUCAAUUAUAAAUACAAAUUUAGUUACAUUAUAAAAAUGUAAGGUCUCAUU